UCAUCAUCAUCAUCCGACCGGACGCGAAGGCUGCGAACGAAUGUUACCGAGGCUCCGGAAUCCUGAAUAGCUUUAUAGUAACGUUAGAGGAUUUAUCAACGGAGCGUUUCUAGAACUCGUUUUUAGGUGUUUAUUUAAUUAAUUACGUCUCAAAAAGAACCAGUUAAUCGCAAAACGCUCUGUUAGUUUCGGUUAGAUGUUUUUUUUAAUACAUAUGAUAAUCAAAGGUGACGGUUUAACGUAUUAAUUUGAUUAUUUAUUUCCCGCGAGAGCCAGGAAUCAGCUCAUCGUAGUGCGUUACGUAAUAUAGGCAUUAUCCAGGGUGCUGAAACCAACCCAUGCUAGACGCCUACUAGGGAGUUUUUUUUAAAAAGGAUUCAAUUGAGAAUAUAUAUUUUGUGCUUUUAAAUACUCAAAUUCAUUCGCUCCGGUUGGAAACAGAAACGAGGAAUUGACAUUGUCAGUUUCUAGAGAGCCACCUUGGAUUCCGUCUCUUUUUUUUUGUCGGCGAAUAUCAUAUGCAUUUCGGCUGUCCUUCACCCUUAAGUUGAUUCUUGAGGUGGUUGUCGACGCUACCGGGAGAAAAUGUCGGGACAGACUCUGACGGAUCGCAUCGCCGCGGCGCAGUAUCAGCUCACAGGAUCCGAAGUGGCUCGUGCCGUUUGCAAAGCCACCACGCACGAGGUGAUGGCGCCCAAGAAGAAGCACCUGGAUUAUCUGAUCUCAACCACCAAUGAGACAAACGUGAACAUCCCCCAGAUGGCUGACACACUAUUCGAAAGAGCCACUAAUGCCAGCUGGGUGGUUGUGUUCAAAGCUCUAACCACGACCCACCACAUCUGCAUCUACGGCAAUGAGAGAUUCAUCCAGUAUUUGGCCUCAAGGACUUCCCUGUUCAAUCUCAGCAACUUUAUUGACAAAACAGGCUCCCAUGGCUAUGACAUGUCUACAUUCAUCAGACGAUAUGCACGGUACUUAAAUGAGAAGGCGUAUGCUUACCGUGCGAUGGCCUUCGACUUCACUCGAGUUAAGAAAGGAGCUGAAGGAGUGAUGAGGACUAUGGCUCCUGACAAGCUUUUGAAGGCUAUGCCUGCCCUUCAGACUCAAGUGGACACACUGCUGGAGUUUGACGUUCAUCCUAAAGACUUGAAUAAUGGUAUCAUAAAUGCAGCAUUCCUGCUUCUCUUUAAGGAUCUGAUAAAACUCUUCGCCUCCUACAAUGACGGCAUCAUCAAUUUAUUAGAGAAAUAUUUCAAAAUGAAGAAGUCUGAGUGCAAGGAUUCUCUGGACAUUUAUAAGAAAUUUCUCACUCGGGUGACCAAAAUUGCAGAGUUCAUGAAAAUUGCUGAGCAAGUAGGAGUGGAUAAGAAUGACAUCCCUGACAUCUCUUAUGCUCCCACCAGUAUUCUGGAGUCUCUCGAGGCACAUAUGAACAGUCUAGAGGGCAAGAAAGGGGAAGGGUCACCCACAAAAGGCUCACCCACCAAUAACGUGUCUCCAACCUCCACUCCCGCCAAAUCAGCCGCUGCCGUCCCCACUUUAGAGCCGCCGCGUGCUGAGGCCACGCCUGCUGCUGCUGAAACUGCUACUGAUUCUCUGCUGGAUCUGGACCCGUUGUCUUCCUCUGGACCUUCUACAGGAGCAUCAGCUGCCCCCACGUCUUGGGGAGAUCUGCUGGGCUCAGAAAUAGGCUCCCUUACAACAGAGACUCUCCUUCCUGACCCAACCCCUGCAGUAGACUCCAGCUCCUCAGCCACGCCCACCACCACAGCCGCUGAUGCAGCUGUUUCUUUGGCUCCUCCUCCUUCCGCUGCCGGGGCUUCCUCCGGCUCAGCGGAUCUCCUCGGAGAUGUUUUUGCGGCCCCUGCGGCUGAAACUGCUGCUGCUGCAGAAGGUGGGGCCGCAGCAACCACGCCCACUCCUGCUGCCGACAGCAAUGCACCAACCGAUCCCUUCACUCCAGCGGCUGGUGCUGCUGAUAACUCCCAUCAGUUGGACCUGUUCUCCAUGCAGCCAGUAGAUGACAGUAACUCUCUCUUUAGCUCAGUGGCACCCAACACCGUCCAGGCGUCUCUCUCCACAACCACCAGCACUGUAGCCCCCGCUGCUUCCCCAGCCCCGACGAUAGACCUGUUUGCUGAAUCUGCAGGCACUGGAGAGGCCAAACCAGCCGCAGCAGCUGCUGGAGGAGAUCUGAUGUCAGCUUUUGAUGGAUUGGGUGAUGUGCUCAUGCCAGCUAUGGCUCCACAGGCAGCAGGGGCCACCUCACCGGUCAAACCCAUGGGAGGAGAUCUGGACUCAGCUAUGGCCAACAUGACCAGCAAUUUGGCAGUGGGGAACCAGAAACCGGGUGAAGCAGCUGGAGGGGCGAACUGGCAAGCGCAGGUACCCACCCCUAGCUGGGGCGUUACCAUGCCUGGUGCAGGAGCUGCUCCCAUGAUGCCUGGCUCACCGAUGAUGAGACCACAGUUUCCCGCACCAGGAGCCCCUGGACAACCGAUGUCUCCAGGAAUGGCCCAGAGUCCCAGGAAGCCUCCCCCUCCUAAAGACCCUCUCGCUGACCUCAAUAUCAAAGACUUCAUGUAGAUGAGCAGCUGGUUUGUCACACUUAUUGUGCAGCCCUGAUGAAUCAGACGUGUGUAUUCUCUCUUCCAUUCAUCACAUUCAGGGACUCCAGUCCCUCCUUUUAUCCCUUUCCCUUCCCUGUCUGUUUUUGUAGCACAAACCGUGAACGUGAAUAAGUAUGUGUGUGUACAUGUGUU